GGGAGCGACUGAACUGAGGGGAAGGGGUGUCGUCCAAACCCGACUGUUACCGUAGCUGUUGGAACGGGGUUGGAACUCGGGGCGCCGCUCACUGGCAGCGGGUGGCUGAGCAGCCUGGAAAGGACAGCCAGUCUUGUCAGGAGUCGUCUAUCUCUUCCGCUGAGGAAAAGAUACAUAAUGAGCAUAUUGAUGCAAGAUAAAUUUAGUGAACAACUAUAAAAUGCCCAGGUUUGGGUCAACAAAGACAGUUCAAGUUCAGAAUUCUGUCAGCGAUAGCACCAUGGUGGAGAAACCAACUGGAAGAAAGAGCAAGGACAAGAUUGCCUCCUACAGCAAAACUGCAAAAGUGGAUAGAAGUGAUGUGGGAAAGGACAUGAAAGAAAAAUCUUCCAUGAAACGUAAACUUCAGUUUAAUGUUAGUCCACCUAGAAAUGAAGAUCGAAAUUCAGAUACAGAUUCAGAUCCAGGACAUACAAAUGAAAACUGGGGGGAGAGAUUAAUCCCUUCUUGCAGGACAUAUUCAGAGAAAGAAGUCCCAGAAAAGAAGAAAAUGAAAAAGGAAGCUGGAAAUAAAAAAACUGCACCUGUUAGCAUUCUUUUUGGUUAUCCAUUAUCAGAACGUAAACAGAUGGCCCUUCUUAUGCAGAUGACUGCAAGAGACAACAGCCCAGAUCCUAAUUUAAAUCACCCUUUACAAACAGUGACCACACAAAAGAAAACUCCAAGCUCCUCAUCACGCCAAAAAGAUAAAGUUAACAAAAGAAAUGAACGAGGAGAAACACCCUUACAUACAGCUGCCAUUAGAGGUGAUGUUAAACAAGUUAAAGAAUUAAUUAGUCUUGGUGCAAAUGUGAACGUGAAAGAUUUUGCAGGUUGGACACCUCUUCAUGAAGCCUGUAAUGCUGGUUAUUAUGAUGUUGCUAAGGUCUUGAUAGCAGCAGGGGCAGAUGUAAAUACUCAAGGCUUAGAUGAUGACACACCACUCCAUGAUUCUGCAAGCAGUGGACAUAGGAAGAUUGUGAAGUUGCUCCUCCGACAUGGUGGUAAUCCAUUUCAAGCCAAUAAACAUGGAGAAAGACCUGUAGAUGUAGCAGAAACAGAAGAACUGGAACUAUUACUGAAAAGAGAAGUUCCUAUUUCUGAUGAUGAAGAUGGCUGUUCAGAUCUUGAUGAAGCACCAUCUGUAAAUCCUUCCAGCAUAGAAGGCAAUAUGGAUUCUGAGACAGAGAAAGAAUCUCUAGCUAAUGACAACAAACAUGUUUCUAAUAAAACAUCUCUUCCAUCAGCUCUUGAUGAAUAUGAAUUCAAAGAUGACGAUGAUGAAGAAGUUAAGAAAAUUAUAGAUGAUAGACAUAUUCCACGGAAAGAUCUGAGAAAAGAAGAUAUGUCUGAAACAGAACAAAGUAACUUAUUCCUUACACAGGAAAAACUAUCAUUUCCAAAAACAUUUAAAAAUAAAAAACAGAAACCUUCCAGAGUCCUGUAUUCAAGUUCUGAAAGUUCAGAUGAAGACAUUCUUCAAGACAAAAAAAUAUCAUCUCCUUCAUGUACUGUUACAGAAAUUUCAAAUUCUGAUGCAAAGACUAAAAAAGAAUAUGUUUAUAAUGAAUAUAAACAAAAAGGAAAAGUUAAAAGAAAAGUAAAAAAUCAAAGCAAAAAUAAAGAAAAUCAGCAAUUAAAACAGGAAAAAGAUCAUUCCAGAUUGACAAACCUGGGUGUUUCUCUGUUAGAAUCAUUAGACACAAGCAAAGAAGAUGAUAAUUUCCGAAAAACAUUUAGCCCGAAAGAGGAUUCUUCUUUGUCCUUACUCCAUAUUACUCCUAGUAGAUCCCCUAAACAUCCAUGUGGCAUUAAUGAAAAACAGUCUUCAACACUUAAACAAGAAAAUGUUAAAAUUUGUUUAUCUCCAGAAGGAUCAGAGGCAACUUCACAAUCUGAAUUAAUUCGAUAUGACCAUAAUGCAGAUACUGAUUUUCUUUUAGAAAAUUCUAGUAAUAAGUCUUACAAGAACAGAGACAAAAGUAAGCAUCAGAAAGAAUUUAUUUUAGAAUUUAGUGAGAAAUCCAGUCCUAAACAGUCCAAAGAUGAAGAUAACAGUCCAAUCUCUGAAAAUUCUGACACUAUGAUGAAGAAGACUGACAAGGAGGGGAAAAUGCUUAAAAAGCAUAAAUUGAAACAUAAAGAAAAGGAUAGGGAUAAGCAUAAAAAGGAACAGGAUGGAGAGAAAGAAAGAUAUAAGCAUAAGGAGAAUUCCAAGGAUGUCCAGAGGAAUGUUGAGUUUGAUAGAGAAUUUUGGAAAGAAAAUUUUUUCAAAAGUGAUGAGGCAGAAGAUAUGUCAGCUGUAGACCAUGAUCCUCAAAUGUCAGAGAAGAAAUCUAAAUUGGAAAAGAUUCUAAUUAAAGAAGACAAAUAUGUGAAAGAGAGAAGCUUUCAAAAAGAUAAAAAUUUUAGAGAAGAAAAAGAAAGAGAAAAAACUAAAAAAGAAAAUGAAAAGGAAGAGAAAACAAAAGAACAUAACAUAUUUCUUGAUAAAGAAGCAGAUUUUUUCUGUUUAGGUGUUAGGGAUAUGUCAUCAAAUAUAACUGUAAUAGAGAAGGAGGACAUUGAUAAACAAGAAAAAAAGGAUCACAGAGAAAAAAAUGAAAAGCGAAAUUCUUCUAUUGAAAAAACAGAAAGAAAAAAUACAGAUAAAGAGAAAAGAGUAAAAUGUGAACACAAAGCAGAAAAGGAUAAAUCAGAUUCUCUUGAAAAUGAAAAAAUAAAAGAAAAAGAAAAGAUUUACAUUCAACAGGUAGAAAAAACAAACAAAGAACAUGAUAAGUUAAAAAGCUUUAAUACUAUUAAAAAGCUUGAUGACAAAGAAAAAAUCAAAGAAAGAUUCGAAAAGAAGCACGAUAAAGAAAAAAAUGAUAGAUACUUUUCGGAAUCUAAAGAAAAAACCAGCAAUGAUAAGAAAUGCAAGAGUUCUGAAAAGGAUAGUGAAUAUUCUAAAAUGGAAAAGAGUAGAAACAAAGAAAAAGAAAUGGAAAAAAAAGAGAAACCAAAAGAACGUGAUAGUUCAGUAAUUACAAACGUGAAACAAACAACAGAAGAGAAAAAAUGCAAUAGUGAAAAAACUUUAUUCUUAAAAGAGAAGCCAAAGGAUGAAUUGCUGAAAACUCCUGACGGAAGAGAGAAGGAUAAAAAAGAUAAAGAUAUUGACAGAUACAAAGAGCGUGACAAAUAUAAAGAUAAAAUGCAACAAAAUAAUGUAUCUAAAUUGAAAUCUGAAACUGAAAAACUUAAAUCUAAACCAUUACCAGUGUCUAAAGACACUCGACCUAAAGAAAAGAGAUUAUUAAAUGAUGACUUGAUGCAGACAAGCUUUGAAAGAAUGCUUAGUCUUAAAGAUCUGGAAAUUGAACAGUGGCAUAGAAAACACAAAGAAAAAAUAAAACAGAAGGAAAAAGAAAGAUUAAAGAAUCGAUCCUGUACCGAACUUAAUAAAAUAAAAGAUAAGGAUAAAAUAAAAUAUUCACUUACUGAAUCAAAGAACAAAGAAUUGAUUCGUUCAAAAAGCUCAGAAUUAUCAGAUGCUUCUGGGAAAGAUAAGCAGCUAAAAGAUGCUACCAGCAGUAGAUCAGUGUCAGUUGAUAUAAAAAAUUCUAGUGGAAAACCAUCCCUAGCAUUGGACAGUAGCUUAAGUAGGUCUCCUAGAUCAGAAAGUGAAAAAACUGGACUAACCUCCAGAUCAAUAUCCAUGAUUUCAAUUGCUAGCUCAGAGGAUUCUUGUCAUACUACAGUAACUCCUCCAAGACCUGUUGCUGAGUAUGAUUCAGAUUUUAUGCUUGAAGGGUCUGAUUCUCAAAUGUCUUUUUCACAUUCACCAUUUUUGCCUAGUGCCAAAUCACCUGCAAACUAUGAGAAUGAUAGUUUGUCAGAUUUGCCAGAGCGCAAUAAAGCAUCUACUUUAAACAGACUUCCUCCAGCUUAUAUUAGAUCAGCAUCAGUCGAAGAUGUAAAAUUUGUUAUAAAUGAUUGCAGACCAGUUGUAGAAGUGCGAAGAUGCAGUAUGCCAGCUGUUUAUGAAAAUACAAAACAGUCCCGAGUACCAGAAGAAAGUAAUCACAGUACUUUGCUCUCAGUUCAAAGUUAUAAUUCUUUUCCUAAACAUGAAUGUUGCAAUUUGCUUGAAAAGGAUUCCCAGAAUGGACUGACCAACUUGUAUUCCAGUUCUGCUUUAUCCCCAAGUAGACCUGUUCAUAAACCUAAUGCAUUAAACACUGCUCCUUCAAGCUCAUCAGGAGAAAGUCAUACAUAUUUAGAACAUAAUAAUACGACUCCAUCAAGUAAAACAUGGGAUGUGCCUUUGGAUAGAUUUAUUUCAUCAAAUAGUGAGUGUUCCUGUUCAAAUUAUUCAGGCUGUGAGCUUGAUGCAUCGAAUGCCUCAGCCAUAACUAAUUUUGAAAAUAAAACUAUAAAAGAGCAGAAAAGUUCUGAAUCUUUUUAUCAUCAUGCUGAAAAUAUAUCAAAUCCUACAUCCCAGGAAAUGGCAGAAUUUUUGCCUGUUCAAUCAUGUUGCCCUUCUCAGAUUCAGCCAAGCACAGAUACAAUUUAUAUGUCAAAGCAUAUAGCUUUGUCAGAUGCAAACAUCCAAGAGCUUCUGAUUAAGAACCCACAAAGUUCCAUUCAACCUAGCAAUUCAAUCUUAGACAUAGAUGCUGCCAGCAAAAAAAAGAUAGAAAAAAGUGUCUUUUUGUCAAACAACAAAAAAGCAGAUAUGCUUAUCACAGUUUAUCCUGAAAAUAUUACUAAAGAUAUUUCACAAAAUUUUGAAAAGGAUUUUGUUGCAAAUGAUCCUCGCUUACACUCUAGUGCAAAUCCAUCUGCAGUAAGUAAGCUCAUUUAUAAAACGUCACAAGCUGAAGAACUUGAUAAUAGUGUAAUUGACAUUCAGUUCCAAAGUGAAAAAGCCCAUUCCAUUGACAUCUGUUCAUCCCAUAUGGCUGGUAAUAAAAAUGACCUAGAUCUUCAAGAUCUAAAUGGUAGAACACUGAAAGGAAUUACAAAUGAGUACAAUAGAAAUUUUUUUAAUAUGGACAGUGCAGAAAACAAUUCAAUGGAAGACAGGCAACAGUACCUACCGCCUAAUUUGGAAAGCCAUUCACAGUUAACUGGACAUGAAGUACAUAAAUUUAGUCCAAUUAUUAAAUUAGAAUUGGAAGAAGCCGUAGAAGAUCCCAAAGCACAACACUAUGAAAUUCCUCAAAGAAUUACAAGGAAUAGAGCAAAUAUCCUUGCUAAUCAAAGUAAGCAGAACCUUUCUGGUUGCUCCCAGAUCUCAGAAAGAGAUUUUGAUUCAUUGGCCUCUUUGAAAGGACGGAUAAGAUUAACUGAGGAAGAUGAUGCUCAGCCACAUCAUCCACGUAAAAGGAAGUUGUCACGUGUUCCUCAGCCUGUUCAAAUAAAUGCAUCUUUAAUGCAAGCUAAAGAAAAAACUCAUCAGUCUCUGGCAGCUGUUGUAGACUCUCUAAAACUAGAAGAGAUUCAGCCAUACAGUUCAGAGAGAGCAAAUCCAUAUUUUGAAUAUUUGCAUAUAAGAAAGAAAAUAGAAGAGAAACGUAAAUUACUAUGUAGCGUUAUUCCUCAAGCACCCCAGUAUUAUGAUGAAUAUGUAACCUUCAAUGGAUCAUACCUCCUAGAUGGCAAUCCCCUGAGCAAGAUAUGCAUUCCAACUAUCACACCACCACCAUCACUAUCUGAUCCACUUAAGGAACUCUUUAGACAGCAAGAAGUUGUUAGGAUGAAACUUCGUUUACAACACAGUAUUGAAAGGGAAAAACUUAUUGUUUCCAAUGAGCAAGAAGUACUACGUGUCCAUUAUCGAGCAGCAAGAACUUUAGCAAAUCAGACUUUGCCUUUUAGUGCAUGUACAGUACUGCUGGAUGCUGAAGUAUAUAAUGUGCCUCUUGAUACACAGACUGAUGACAGUAAAGCAUCAGUUAGAGACCGAUUUAAUGCAAGGCAGUUUAUGUCAUGGUUACAGGAUGUGGAUGAUAAAUUUGACAAAUUAAAGACAUGUCUCCUGAUGAGGCAGCAACAUGAAGCAGCAGCUUUAAAUGCUGUUCAGAGACUGGAAUGGCAGCUUAAACUACAAGAACUUGAUCCUGCAACUUACAAAUCAAUCAGCAUUUAUGAAAUCCAGGAAUUCUAUGUUCCUCUUGUGGAUGUUAAUGACGACUUUGAAUUGACACCUAUAUGACAGCUAGCAUUUCUUGCUGUUACAGCUAAAGACUGUGGGAUGCUUAAAUUACAGCACUAAAAUGGAAUACUGCCUUUAUCAAUAUUCCAUGUAUUCCUUCCUGAAAUGUGCCCCAAAUCUCAUUCAAUAUUGCACAUAUAAAUACCAUUUGUUAAUAAAUGGUAUUAUUUUAGCCUCUGGGUUCAAAAAGCAUCUACUCAAUAAAUCUAUCUAUGACAGUCUUUUACUCAAGAUUUAACAGCGCUGGCAGCUGUAAGUCCACUAAAAAGUCUUGCUAUUUAAAACUUCAGUGGUUUUUAUUAUUAAACAUACAAAAACAACAAAAACCUGUGGAAGAACUUUUAAGUUUGUGGGAAUGUGCAGAAUGAGAGAGUAUUCAUCUUACAUAAUUUAUAGGUUAACUGUACAGUUUUGUUUUUGAAAAAAAGUUAUAUUGUUUUCAAUUUUUAAAAUAACUUAUUUUAUACAUAUUGUGCAAAUGUAAAUAUUCUUAUAUUUAAUGUUCAGCCCUGUACAAAAAUAGAUAUUUUAAUUGUAAAAUUGUUUUGUCUAAUGUUUAUUGGACCAAAAUUGUUGUUGUUUCUUAUGUGUAAUGUACAAAUGAUUUUCUUUUAAAAGCAUGGUGUUUGAUUUAGCUGCUUGUUCAUCACCAUUACUGCUAAUAUUCGAUACUGAGUGGUAUUUGCAUGCUAGCUCAGUUGAAUUUUUCCCCUACUACAGGGUUCCUAACUGAUUGAAAUAUUUGUUACCAAUCCAAUAUACUGCUUUGUACAGCAUCCAUUCAUUCAGAGAAAUUUGCAUGAAUCCCUUUUCAUUGUAGUUUGUUGCAGUGCUUAUUCGAUUAUGUCUUAACUCCACAGAGCCAUUUGUCGUUUGCUCUGCUGCUACAAUGCCAUAUUUGUGACUUAACUUGAAAAGAGUAUUUUGUUUAAAAUCUUUACAAGAUUAGAAAACCAGCUCUUUACAUCCUGGUCUCUAAAGGAGUUUUUCAGUGUCCAAUUUAUUUCCUUUUACAUGCCUCUCUCAAUGAGAAAUCUUAAAUUGUAUAUUGUCUAUUUUAAUAUUCCCUGAUAGAAACAUAUGUAAAUAACUGUAAAUAACUAUGUUUAAUAAAUUCUAUUGGUCAUGCUAACAGAUGUUUGAAUCCUUGUGAUUGUGAAAUUUUCAUUUUUGAAAUUUUAUACAAUUUGACAAAUAAAUCCUUGAAAGUUCCAUGAUAA